CUAACUGUUGGUCCUGUUGGAAGUAAAGAGGUUUUUACCAUUGAACUCACAGGACCAAGCUGCGGUAUUUUUUGUGAAUUGCCCGAGUUGAGUGAAAAGGAAAGGCUGCCUAGUGCCUAGGGCCACUUGAUUUCUUUUGCAAAAAGAGGCUGAUCAUUUGGGUUAGGAAAGGGGAUUAGCAAAGUACUGGAGCACAGGCUUUUUAGUCAAAAGCUGAAAGUAGCAUCAUUUUUGGUGUUGCUGGUUUUUUUCCCUCCGUAAGCACCAGAAAAUAUUUGUUUUGGUUCAGCUACUAUUUCCCUCCUCUUUCUCUUUCAAGAUGAUGUUCACAUUCCCAUCAGCUGGAUGCUUAGUGAAGGAACCUGUACAGCAAAACUGUUCCAGUUCAGCAGGAAAAAUGAAAUGGAGAAAGCAAUUCUAAGGAAGCCUGGCUUAAAAGGAGGCUAAAGGAUUGGGCCUGAGGUAUAUGGAAACCAUCUCAGUAUGAAGGCCCGUGGGAGCUGAAGCACACGCAAGAAAUGAAAAAAUGAUAUACCAAGAAGACAUGUCUAUUUAAUCUCAAGGUAUGACCCAUGAAGUGUAGAACAGAGUUGCAUCGGUAGGAUUAUACCCAAAUAAACAUUCACGUACACAAGUACUUCUGGAAAAUCUUUGCAAAGCUGAGACACUGAAUCAGAGUAACAGGUCACAGUUUUACAGGGACUUUUUUACCUGGUGAGGACUGUCAAUUCAUCCAAAAUAGGUGCCCACAGAAGGCUUGAUCAGAAAUGGUAUGCACACACACUACUGUUUCAGAACAGCAAAUGUAUGAAAUCAUGAUCUUGAUCUCGUAAUUAGGGUCACUAGUGCUAACCCGUCUGCUCUUCUCUAAGCUUGAUUCCUAGUUGACUGUGACUCAUGGAACCCAUCAAAAAUUGGGACAGCGUCCCAGGCAAUGACAGCAUCUAUGAAAUCAUCCUCAAGAACAGCUCCAAUUCCAGCUCCCAGUUUACAGGUGUCCAGCUCAUCCAGUCCUUCAAACCCCUCAUCAUCCCAUGCUACACCCUAGUGGUACUGAUUGGCAUCUUUGGCAACUAUCUUCUCCUUUAUGUCAUCUGCAAGACCAAGAAGAUGCACAAUGUCACCAACUUCUUCAUCGGGAACCUGGCUUUCUCAGACAUGCUGAUGUGUGCUACAUGCGUCCCUUUUACCCUGGCCUACGCCUUCAACCCGCAAGGCUGGAUCUUCGGGAAGUUUCUUUGUUACUUUGUGUUCCUGAUGCAGCCCAUGACUGUCUACGUGUCCGUCUUCACGCUCACUGCCAUUGCCGUAGAUAGGUACUACGCCACGGUGCACCCUCUGAAGAAGCGCAUCUCUGUCACCAGCUGUGUGUAUGUGGUGGGGGGAAUCUGGCUGCUGUCCUGUGCCCUGGUGGCCCCGGCCAUUGCCCACACCUAUCACGUGGAGUUCCAGCGUGAGGGCUUUACCAUCUGCGAGGAGUUCUGGAUGGAGGAGGAGAAGGAGCAUCUGGCCUAUGCGUACAGCACCCUCAUCAUCACCUAUAUCCUGCCCCUCUCGGCUGUCUCCCUCUCCUACAUCUGCAUCACGGUCAAGCUUAAGAACCGGGUGGUGCCCGGCCACCCAACGCAGAGCCAGGCAGAGUUUGAGCGGGCACGUAAGAGGAAGAUCUUCCGCCUCCUUGUGCUGGUGGUAGCUGCCUUUGGGAUCUGCUGGCUCCCCAUCCAUGUCUUCAACAUCCUGCGUGACAUAGACAUCAACCUCAUCAACAAGCACUACUUUCUGCUCAUCCAACUGCUCUGCCAUUGGUUUGCCAUGAGCUCCUCCUGCUGCAACCCUUUUCUGUAUGCCUGGCUGCAUGACCGCUUCCGCAGUGAGCUGAAGAAGAUGUUCACCUUCAAGCAGAAGAUCAUUCCCACCAACCACUGUGUGGCCAUGAGCGUGAUGCUCUGAGAUCCAGAGUGUGGCCUCCCUGCUCCUGGACGGUCUCACGCUCCCUCUUGCCCUUUCCAUUUCCAAGACAGUCAACAAAAAAUGGAUUUCCCAACCUCACAGCACAUAGCCCCAUUUGCGGGGGAUGGCUGCGAUUGCCUCAUGCUGCUCUGGGGUCCCAGAUCUGGAAGCAAAGAAUACUUCACUGCAAUACAACUUCAGUGGCAGUUGGGAAAGUACAUGAUAGAGGUAGAAUUGCCCUAACUUUUCCUGACUGUGCUAUCGAGCCCUUGAUACAACAUGGAGUCAUCAGGUUUUUGCCUGAUCAGAAAGCAAGUAGCCAAGUAGCCCAGCUGGUAAUGAGGCUCAGUACUCAGGAGACUGACUCCAGGAUUCACAUGUUCCAAGGCUGCCGGUCUAAGAGCUAAACUUCACCAGAAGCAAAUGCUUUUUCACCCAAAACUUGCUAGGGAAAUCACCACUGGAAGAGACCUUUGAGGUAGGGAAGACUGCAGAUUGUGGAGACAUGUCCAAGCUAGCUGUAAACUGGUUGUCACUGUGGUAGCACAGAGCUCACCCUGGGCAAACUGCCUGAGCAUUUAUCCAGCUUUGCAAGCAGGUUUACAGCCUGCUCUCAACCCCCUGCUACUGCAGAGGAGAUACCAUGGUGAUGAUGCUGGUUCAGGUGAUUUUACUGUACCUGGAAGUGGAGAUCCCCUUCUUCCUGGCCUUGAAUGACUCGGUGCAGUUGAGGGUG